GCGGCCCAUGGCGGCCGUCGGCGGGGUUGAGGCGGACCCGCCGCCCCGAGAAACCCCGGAGGACAUCCUGCUGGAGGCGCCCGCCAACGGCAUCGCCCUUCACCCGGCCCGGGACCUGCUGGCCGCCGGCGACGUGGACGGGGACGUCUUCGUCUAUUCCUAUUCCUGCCUGGCCGGUGGGAAUAAGGAGCUGUGGUCCUCGGGCCACCACCUCAAGUCAUGUCGGGCUCUGGCUUUCUCCGCGGACGGGCAGAAGCUCUUCACCGUCUCCAAGGACAAAGCCAUCCACACCCUGGAUGUGGAAGAGGGCCGGCUGGUCCGGCGCAAAUCUAUGGCCCACAGUGCCCCCAUCAACAGCCUGCUACUGGUGGACGAGCACAGCCUGGCCACGGGGGAUGACGCGGGCCGCCUGCGCCUGUGGGACCAGCGGCGGGACGGGCCCUGCAUGGACCUGCGCCAGCACGAGGAGUACAUCGCCGACAUGGCCCUCGACCCCGCCAAGAAGCUACUCCUCACCGCCAGCGGGGACGGCUGCCUUGGCGUCUUCAACAUCAGGCGGCGGCGCUUCGACCUGCUGUCGGAGCCCCAGGCCAGCGACCUCACCUCCGUCGUCCUCAUGAAGAGGGGUAAGAAGGUGGCCUGCGGCUCCAGCGACGGGACCAUUUAUCUCUUCAACUGGGACGGCUUCGGGGCCACCAGCGACCGCUUCGCCCUGAAGGCCGAGUCCGUGGACUGCAUGGUGCCCGUCACUGACCACCUGCUGUGCACGGGGGCCACCGACGGCCUCAUCAGGGCAGUGAACAUCCUCCCGAACCGCGUGGUGGGCAGCGUGGGGCAGCACGCCGGCGAGCCCAUCGAGCAGCUGGCCCUGGCCCGGUGCGGUCGCCUCCUGGCCAGCAGCGGCCACGACCAGCGCCUCAAGUUCUGGGACGUGGUGUCGCUGCGCUCGCUGGUGGUGGACGACUACCGGCGGCGCAAGAAGAAGGGCGGCCCGCUCAAGGCCCUGAGCACCAAGGCCUGGGGCGGCGAUGACUUCUUCGCCGGCCUGCGCGAGGAGGCCGAGGCCCCGGCCCCAGAGGACGGAGAGGCGGGUGACGACAGCGACUGAAAACAGUCAGGACUUGGCGGUGAGCAGGACUGAGAGCUUCGGAAGAGGGGGUUCGAGGCCCCCAAUCCUUCCUUCUAACUCAGGGAGGCCUUACCUGCUCGGGGCUGGGACUUUUUGGGAGGAAGAGAGGGGAUUUAGAGACGCUCUCUCAAGGGGCGCAAGGCACGUGGUCCCUCCCUCCCCCCUCGUCUCACGCAUCACGAUUCGGGACAGGAACGAAAUGCUUUAAUAAAUACAAGCAAGAGGCAAUCAGCCCACACA